AUGGGUGAUUGGCAAGCAACAUCUCAAUUCUGCGCAGUGUACUCCAUCGUUGGUGCUCUUUUUAUGUUCAUGGUAGCAAUGAUGCUCACAUAUCAACCUGAGUUGAUAGCGGGAUUCGACGACUAUGAAGCCGCAACCAAGAAUACGUAUGGAGCGAUGACAUUCUUUUUCGUCACUUUUGUAACAUCGAUAGUUUACCUCAUCAAAGAGUCGGUAUUCGGCACCGACGAUAGAACGAGGCAAAGUGGGAUAGACUACGAAGGGGUAGGAAGCAGCGGUGGUUCCGCCAUCAUGGAAGAGUAUGCUAUGAAUUUUGAUUUGCCACCAAGCAUACAUGCAGGGUACUCUACAUAG